UGUGCGCUCUCUUUGCAUAUUUUUUCCACUGGGCCCACUGCUGCCAACUGAAGAAAAUUGAAAAUGCUGUCGCAUCGAUGACAGUGCUUAUUUCUGAACGAUUUGCAAAACAGAGAAGGUGCAGGCCGAUAUUGCAGUUUUAAUUUUCGAUCAAUAAGUGGCAUAACCAAUUCCGAAAAUGCCGAUUGAAAACCUGGAGGAGCAAGGCUUGGAGAAGAACCCCAAGCUGGAGCUGGCUCAAAUCAAAUUUCUGCUGAGUCUGCCGGAACAUAACCAGGACAAGGCUCUAGCAGAGAAAUUGUUGACUGCCAUCAAGGCGGAUAACAUGGCCAGCUGGUACGAGAUUGUUUGUAAGGAUCUGAACUGGACGGUGGAUCAGAAACUGCUGGACGGCAUGAAGGAGGUCAAUCGGAAGAAGCUGCAGGAGCUGGACGACGUGAUUGAUGACGCAGAAAAAAAUCUGGGCGAGAUGGAGGUGAGAGAGGCCAAUUUGAAAAAGUCGGAGUUUUUGUGCCGAAUCGGUGACAAGGAAGGAGCGAUUUCCGCUUUUCGCAAGACUUACGAUAAGACUGUUUCAUUGGGACACAGGCUGGAUAUUGUGUUCCAUAACAUCCGGAUUGGUUUGUUCUAUUUGGAUCACGAUUUGAUUACCAGGAACAUCGAGAAGGCAAAGACCCUGAUUGAGGAAGGUGGCGAUUGGGAUCGUCGUAAUCGACUGAAGGUCUACCAAGGUGCCUAUUGUGUGGCGAUCCGUGAUUUCAAGGCUGCCGCAAACUUUUUUCUGGAUACGGUAAGCACGUUCACCAGCUACGAGUUGAUGGAUUACGCAUCCUUUGUGCGCUACACCGUUUAUGUAAGCAUGAUAAGCCUUCCCCGCAACGAGCUCCGCGAUAAGGUGGUCAAAGGCUCGGAAAUUCAGGAGGUUUUGCAUCAACUGCCGGACGUUAAGGACUAUCUAUUUUCUUUGUACAAUUGUCACUAUUCGGAUUUCUUCAAGAAUCUUGCUAAAGUAGAAACUUUCCUUCGGCAAGAUGUCCUCUUCCAUCCUCAUUAUCGUUUCUACGUGCGGGAGAUGAGAAUCUCUGCUUACACACAGCUGCUGGAGUCUUAUCGUUCCCUUACCCUACAAUACAUGGCGGAUGCUUUCGGGGUCACUGUGGACUACAUCGAUGCGGAGUUGUCGAGAUUUAUCGCUGCCGGACGUUUGCACUGCAAGGUGGAUCGCGUGGGAGGAAUUGUGGAAACGAACCGUCCGGACAGCAAGAAUUGGCAGUAUCAGGCCACCAUUAAGCAGGGAGACAUCCUGUUGAAUCGUGUGCAGAAACUAAGCAGAGUCAUCAAUAUUUAGAGUGGCCCGUAGUGCAUAAUUAUCGUUAGAUUGCGUUUCGUAUACGCUUCACAUAUUUGAAAUAAAUUCUCUUGUACUUGUA